AUGAGACCGCCGGCGACCGGGCGACCCCACCCGCCAACACCUACGCCGCCCGGGCGCCUGCGCAGCUCGAUGCUCAAGGUGGGCUUCGCCAUCUGGUGUUUCUUCUUCGGCUACUUCGCGGGCAGCUUCCACAACGGCGCCAUGUACGCGCUCGGGCCAUCAGCAAAGGAAGCCAAGGCGCCACCCCCACUCUCCUGGCCACCCUCACCCACAAGCCCCACCGCCCACGCCCGCAACGUGGAGGAGGAGGAGACCGCCCCGCUUCCGGCCGCCACCUUCCCCCUGUGCGACGGCCAAACGGAGAAGGAUGACGCCUUGGGCCUCUACCGAAAGGGACUACUCAAGCAGCCGCCGCUACCGGUAAUGGAUCCUGUCGUGCUCCGGACCUACCGGCGGACCAGGGAGUCGAUCCAGCAGGGCAUCCGCCCGGCCUCGGUUGCACUCCAACAGUUGCUGGAUUGGUGCGACUGGGAGACGCAGCGGCGCUACUUCCACCACAUGCCUCCGCCCUUGGUGGGUUACGACACUAUCUCCUUCUUGAGUCUAUCGCAGCUGUGGGGUGGAGCAUCGUCGGCCGAGUUUUUGUUGACACAGCACUGCGCCGGCUUCAACGCCCACUGCAUGGCCAAUGGUACCGAGCGGGCCGAGAUGUCCCGCGAAACGCUGGUGGCCCAGUUCGAGGCCGACUUCAUCCCUCCCAAGUUCUACCCCAACAUAAGCGCCCUGGGCGCUCUGGUCCAGGGCAACUCGUUCGCGCUGGAGAUGCGGGAGAUGAUGGUCGCCGAGGACUGGGAGAACGUCAUCGACGUCAGCCGAGGGAAGAACGUGGCCGCGCCCGAGGUGGGCAUUCUCUACGGCGGCUACGUGACCCAGUACGGCACCAUCUUCUCGCCGUACCUGGCGAUCCCGGCCUGGCCCGACGAACCGCGAGACGAUCUCUGGCCCACGUUCCUGGAACAGUACAUGGGCGCCAACUCGACCCCACAUUGGCGGGAUGUGAAGGAGGUGCUGGUGAUCACGCACCAUCAUCAGGAGAUGUUCUGGCACUGGCUCGUCAACGAAGCCUAUCGGCUGUUCGUCGCCCUGCCCUACUUGCAGGCCAACCCCGACAUCUUCAUCCACAUCAGCGGCGGACCGUCCUACGCCCAGAGAUACGAGCGCAUGUUCAACAUUCCGAGGUGGCGAUUCCUGAGCGAGGAAAACGUGAGGGCCGAUGUCGUGUACGUCCUGCAAAACAUCGAGCGCUCGGAAGUGCCGUCGCUGGGCAUGGCGCAGCUGACUCGACACGGCCUGCUCGACAUGAACCACCUGCCGCUCGACCGCCGACGAAGCGUGCUGGCCAAGCCCAUCACCCCACCGGCGGCGGCGGCGGCGGUUGAGCAACUCGAUGAAGCAGUGGUGUCCAUCGUCUUCAUCGUCCGCACCGACGCGUUCGCCGGUCGCAUGAUCCUCAACCACAAGGAGCUGUACAAGGCCGUCGAGCAGCUGGCGAAAGCGUUCCCCAAGCGUUUCGCCGACCAGAGGAAGGGCCGACCCGCUUCGCCCAAGAGGCUGAGGAUCGAACUGGCCGAGCACGUGGGUUCGAUGUCGAUGGUGGAGUCGCGCAAACUCUUCGGCCGAGCUGACAUUGUGAUUGGCCCGCACGGAGCUGGUUUUGCUCACCUGUACGCCGUGCGCACUGGCGCACACGUGCUGGAGAUAUUCUCCGGACGUCAUCUCAACAUCUUCUCAUGCGCUCGGCUGGGACUGGGCUACCAUGCCAUCUUCCCCAACCCCACCAGAGAAGGCCUGGCCGAGGGCUCGCCGUCCCACAACUUCAUCGCGGACGUCCCCUUCAUGGUGGGCAUCGUGGAGUCCAUCCUGACCGAGCGAUUCCUGCCUUGA